AGCUUCACCGCUCUCCAGUGUGUUCAGUUUUCAACUAGUGAGUGAGGUUAGUUUCCCGCCAUGCUGUCCACGGCGGAAAUGUUCGGCACUUUCUGCCAAUGCUACUGCAAUAUCAUCGACUGCACGCACCAGGACGUGUCACCGAAGAUUCGAGAACAAUGCAAAGACCUGCUCCUGUCAGAUGAACAGUUGAGGGAGGUGAUGGCUAAACUACUCGAGGCCAUCAAAAAAGGACUUGGAAAAAAUACUCACAAAGAUGCCACUGUCAAAUGCUGGACCACGUAUGUGCAGGACCUUCCUAAUGGCAAAGAACGAGGCAAAUUCUUGGCCCUCGAUCUCGGUGGAACUAACUUCCGAGUUCUUGUGAUUCAUCUGGACGAAAGCCACUUUGAUAUGCAGUCCAAGAUCUAUGCUAUCCCAGAGGAUAUUAUGACUGGCUCUGGUACGAAGCUGUUUGAUCACAUUGCUGAGUGCAUGGCCAACUUCAUGUCAGAGAAUGACAUGAAGAAUGAGAGGCUGCCUCUCGGAUUCACCUUCAGCUUUCCUCUGGAGCAGAUUGGGCUGACAAAGGGUAUCCUGAAAACCUGGACCAAGGGUUUCUCCUGCAGCGGCGUCGUGGGUGGAGACGUCGUCAAAAUGCUUGAGGACGCUAUCCGGCGGAGAGGUGAUAUUGAGAUAGAAGUUUGCGGAAUCCUCAACGACACCACAGGAACAUUGAUGUCCUGUGCCUGGAAAAACCAAAACUGCCGUGUAGGAGUCAUAGUAGGAACUGGCUGCAAUGCAUGUUACACUGAGAAAGUGGAGAAUGUAGAACUGUAUUCGGGAGACAAGAGCAAACCUCUGAUGGUUGUCAACACUGAGUGGGGCGCAUUUGGGGAGAAGGGAGAGCUGGACUUUAUGUUGACAGAGUUUGACAAAGAAAUGGAUCAGGCAUCAAUAAACCCUGGCAAACAGAUUUUUGAGAAAAUGAUUUCCGGAAUGUACAUGGGUGAGCUUGUGAGGCUCAUACUCCUCAAGUUGACUAAGGACAACAUUCUGUUUGGUGGAAAACCUUCUGAAGCUCUGCUCACCAAAUGGCGGUUCAAGACCAAAUAUGUAUCAGAAAUUGAGAGUGAGAAGAAGGGCGUCCACACAGCAUGUCGCACAGUGCUACAGAAGCUAAGUCUGACACACGCGUCUGACCAAGACUGUAUCAACAUACGGUACGUGUGUGAAUGUGUGUCUCGUCGUGCGGCGCACCUUGUCUCUGCCGGGGUGGCGACACUGCUCAACAGGAUGAACAUCCCAUCAGUCACAGUCGGGGUGGACGGCUCCGUCUACCGCUUCCACCCUUUCUUUCAUGAUCUCAUGAUGGAAAAGAUUGCACAAUUAGUCAACAAAAACCUCAAGUGUUCAGUAAUGCUGUCUCAGGAUGGUAGUGGCCUGGGUGGAGCGAUCGUAGCAGCAACAGUAAAGUGUAAAGUACAAAACCAUCGUUCGACCUAAUGCUGUCUGAGGAUGGUAGUGGGCGAGGUGCUGCAUUGGUUGCAGCCGUCGCUUGUCGUGAACGGUGAGAAUCAUACAACAGUAUUGUCGACGUCAGCGUAGACUACAUAUUGUUGGGCUGUUAAUUGUUGGUUUUUAAUACUUUUCUCGGGAUCAUUUUAGUCAGCAUUACUUAAUUUAAUUGUACUUAAUAUUUAUGUUGCUUCUUAUUUAAAUCAUAAUUUAUUAGUCCUUAAAGUUUUCAAAAUUUGGAAAAAGAACAAUAUGUAAGAUAACAAUAUGUAUGUUAAAGAAAGUGAAAUUUCUUCUCUUAGGAAGGUAAAACCAUCUCUUUAUAUUGGAUGACAAUAUGUUAGCAGUCUGAAAAUAACCGUUGAUGUUCAUGACUGUACAAAUUUAGUCUAUGCCUGUUAAAUACUUCUUUCUCCGAGUGAUGGGUAAACUAAACACACAACUGCCAUGUUACAUAGUUGAUCUCUAAACAUUCCAAAUUUUCUUUCUUUUUCCCUCUAUUACAUUUAUUUAUUUUUGAUUUGUCAUUGUAAUGUGUGGUUCAAUGUAUCAAUAGAAAAGCUAUUCCUUCCACAGCAAUAAGUCAUAUCAAAUAUUUAUUUUGAAGCAUAUAAGUUAAUAGUGAUCUUUUAUUCACAAAUUUAUCUUUUAUUCUAAAAAUUAGGGCCCAAACAAGCUUUUAAUUUUAAUACAUAUUUUUUAGCCUCGGUCUUUACUGGAGUAAUUGGGAAGAGAAUAUGGCUUGUGUGUUCAAAAUCAAGAUACCGAAAUGAAAGACCGGUGAUUUUUAUAAUACUAUUUUAUUGUACCUUAUACACUUUUUAUUGAUUAAACCUUUCUAGUUUCUAGAGUUUUGAUAUUAUUGUAAGCUAUUUUCCUAUGCCUAGUGUGAUUGUAAUUUAUAGAUCAUUAUUUUAAUAAUAUUGUAUAGUAUAUUUGAGAUUAUUGUUGAUUGAUCAAACAGUAUUUUGUUAUAAAUAGUUGUUGCCAUUUGUAAAGGUACGUGUUCCUUUUGUUAGGAGGAACGUGGUAAAUAAUAAAAUGUAUUGUCAAGUUA